GGCGGCGGGUGCCCAAGAUGGCGGCGGCAGCGGCGGCGCUCUCGCUGGCGGGCGCCGUAACGGCGCCGAGCCCGGAGCUACCGGGACCGGGACCGGGCCUGGGCCGGGCCCCUGAGGAGGAGCUACCGGUGCUGGACCCGGCCGAGGUGCGAAGCCGCCUGGAGCGGAGCGCCCGCCAGUUCCGGAACCGCCGCAAAGUGUUGAUCCGCGGGCUACCGGCCGACGUGAGCAACCAGGAAGUCCACGAUCUGCUGAGCGACUAUGAGCUGAAAUACUGCUUUGUGGACAAAUACAAAGGGACUGCGUUUGUCACCUUGCUCAAUGGGGAACAGGCGGAAUCGGCCAUCAAAAAAUUCCACCUGAGCAAACUCCGGGACAAGGAGAUCUCGGUGCAGCUGCAGCCCACGGACGCCCUCCUGUGUAUCGCCAACCUCCCUCAGCUCUACACCCAGCAACAAUUCGAGGAGCUGGUCCGACCUUUUGGCAACCUGGAACGUUGUUUCCUGGUCUAUAGCGAGAAAACGGGACACUCCAAAGGUUACGGAUUUGUGGAGUAUAUGAAAAAGGAUUCGGCGGCUAGAGCCAAGUCGGAUCUGCUGGGGAAGCAGCUGGGCACGCGGACUCUUUACGUCCACUGGACGGACGUCAACCAGUUGACGUUAGAUCUUCUCCAUUCCAAGUGCUUGUGCGUCGACAAGCUGCCCCACAGCUACGCCGACCUCGAGGAGCUGCGGCAGGUCUUCUCCGCCGCCUGCGCCCCCACUUUUUGCCAGCUGGCCUACGGCCAGGACGGGCAGCUGAAAGGCUUCGCGGUCCUGGAGUACGAGUCGGCGGAGGUGGCGGAGAUGGUUCAGCAGGCCACGGAUGGUUUGCCGCUCGCCGGGAAUCACGUCCGAGUCUCCUUCUGCGCUCCCGGCCCUCCCGGCCGCAGCAUGUUGGCUGCCUUGAUAGCCGCGCAGGCCACGGCGCUGAAUCGUGGGAAAGGGCUCCUCCCCGAGCCGAAUAUCCUCCAGAUUCUCAACAGCCUGGGAAAUCCCGCUUCCCUCCAGCUGCUGCUCAACCCCCUGCUCCACGGGGCUGUCGGAGGAAAACAGGGAAUCCUCGGUGCCGCUCCCUCCGUGCCGCUGGUCACCAACCCGGCCCUCUCCACGGCUCUCCUCCAACUCGCGCUGCAGAACCAAACCCAAGCGCAGCAGGCAUUGUUUGGGAAUUCCCUGUCCCUGCAGAACCAGGUCUGGACCCAGCUGCUGCAGAACAAGGAGAACCAAACCCUCUUCCAUAAACCGGGGAUCCUGGGCGACUCGCCGCUGAGCUCCCUGUCCCACGGCGCCCUGGGUUUGGCGAACGCGUUGGCGCAGCCCCCCAGCCAGCUCCUGGGAGAGCUCUCCUCAGGUGGCUCCUUGCCCGGUGACAUGGCGCAGGGACAUGUCAAAUCACCGAUUUUGCCUUCUGGAAACGUACCCCUGGCUUCUUUCCUGGGACCGGUGGGAGUAGAUCGGGAAAAUUCGGUGCUGGGGACGCAGGUGCCUCAACUCACCCCUCCCGCCGUCACCCCCCCGGCUCUUCAGGGUCUCACCACUUCCAUUUUGGGAUCUGUCAUCAGCGGUCUCCAAAAACCAAAACAGAACGAAAAUGGACCUCCUGCCUCUGGGGUCUCGCUCCUGGGGGAGCCCCCCAAAGACUUCAAAAUUCCUCUCAACCCCUACUUGAACCUGCACAGCCUCCUGCCAGCGAACAGCCUGGGGGGCGCUGCUAAUAAAGCAUUUAAUCUGAAAGCCGGCGUUCUGGGGAGCGUCUCCAAUCCUCGGCUCUCCCAGCCCUCCCUGGCCGAUCCGCUUCUCCCCUCGCCCGGGCUGGCCGGGGAUGGCUACGCCUUCGAUUACCAACCGGAUUUGGGCUCCCGGAUUUACCCCCAGACGAGAGACCCUGCCGGAUCCAUCCUGGGGGGCUUCGGGCACAGCAGACACAAGCUUUCCUCAUCCCCGGGGUUUGAGCGAGGGGCUUUGGGGCCGCCCCUGCCCCCCUUUUACUCAGGAUCCCCCAGUUCCUAUUUCACCAGUGGCCUUCAAGCUGGGCUCAAACAGAGUCACCUCAACAAGGCCGUUGGGAUGCCACCGUCGGGCUCCGCAGACGCCGUCCUCCCCUUGGGACCCCCCAGCCACUCGCACAACUCCCACUCAAAGACCCCCGUGGGUGGCCAGAAAAGAGCUUUCUCCCACCUCCUGCCCUCCCCGGAGCCCAGCCCCGAGGGGUGCUACGUGGGGCAGCACUCCCAGGGCCUGGGGGGGCAUUACGCCGACUCCUACCUGAAGCGGAAGAGGAUAUUUUAGCUGCCCCCCCCCCAUUUUCCAUUGUCCCCCCCCCCCCCUGUAAAUCUUGUACAAAUGUGGGUGGUUGGUGGUUUGGGGUUUGUUUUUUUUUUUUUUAAAUGUUCAGUCCUUUUUUUUUUUUUUUUUUGACUAUUUUUGGAGGGUUUUAAAGUGAUUUGAAAGAUUUGAUGGGGGGGGGGGGUGUCUCGUUGCAAACCCCCCCUUCCCCGUGCCGUAAGGGGGUUCCUGAGAGCCACGGGCCCCCCCUCUUUUUGCCGUGCCCCCCCCAUCCCCCAGCAGUAACUGGGAGCUGCGUGUGAGCCCCCCCCAAAAAAACCCCCAUGCGCUCCCUGCCUUAACCCACUGCUCGGGGUGAGGAGUGGGGGGCUCCCCAGUUUUGGGGCCCCCCCCAGCCCCAUGUUCCCCUCUGGGGGGGGGGGGUGGGUGGGUGUCCCAGGUUAAGUUGGGCACCUCAGCCCCCCCCCCCUUCCUGGACAUUUCACUUGUGUGGGGAUUUUUUUUGUGGUUUUGUUGGGUUUUUUUGGUUUUUUUAAAAGACUGGAGCUGCCGAGAUUUUACACUUUUUUUGGGGUAAAAGUUGCCUUUUUACUUUAACGCUCGUUUUUAUUGCCUUUUUUUUU